UGGACAGGGCAUGAGGAGUAUAAAAGAAUCUGUUGAUCCUGAGACCAUUGUACAGAGGCAACAUGGGAAAGCUACUCAUCUGCAUUGGACUGGCACUCCUGCUGCACAUGCAGCUAGGAUCAUCCUACAUCCUCUCCUGUUAUUUCACUAACUGGGGACAGUACCGUCCUGGAGCAGGUAAGUUUUUUCCCACCAACAUCGACCCGUGUCUCUGUGAUCACCUCAUCUAUGCCUUUGCUGGAAUGGACAACAGCGUGAUCAAGACGUACGAGUGGGAUGAUGAGAAAUUCUAUGGCGAGUUCCAGGCCCUGAAGAACCAGAACAGCAACCUGAAGACUCUGCUGGCCAUUGGAGGAUGGAACUUUGGUACUCAGAAGUUCACAGCAAUGGUUUCCACUGCUGCCAAUCGUCAGACCUUUAUCAACAGUGUGAUCACAUUCCUUCGUCAGUAUGAGUUUGAUGGUCUGGACAUCGACUGGGAGUACCCUGGCUCUCGUGGCUCCCCACCUCAGGAUAAGGAGCUGUACACUGUCCUGAUCCAGGAAAUGAUGAGCGCCUUUGAGGCAGAGGGCAAGAAGACCAACCGCCCUCGUCUGAUGCUGACUGCUGCUGUCUCUGCUGGAAAGGGAACCAUUGACACUGGAUACCAGAUUGCCCAGAUUGGAGCUGUGCUGGACUACUUCCAUGUCAUGACCUAUGACUUCCAUGGUUCUUGGGAACACAACGUUGGAGAGAACAGCCCUCUAUACAAGGGCCCCGCUGACCAGGGAACCAUGAUCUACUUCAAUGUGGACUAUGCUAUGAACUACUGGAAGAGCAACGGUGCCCCAGCUGAGAAGCUGCUGGUUGGUUUCCCCACCUAUGGCCACUCUUUCCGCUUGGCUUCCUCUAACACAGCUGUAGGAGCUCCCGCGAGUGGACCUGGACCUGCUGGACCUUACACCCGUCUGGCUGGCAUCUUGGCCUACUAUGAGAUCUGCACUUUCCUGAAGCAGGGAGCCACCCAGGCUUGGGACAACCCCCAGGCUGUGCCAUAUGCCUACAACCAGGGAACCUGGGUUGGAUAUGACAAUGUGAAGAGCUUCCAGAAUAAGAUUCAGUGGUUGAAGCAGAGUGGUUUUGGUGGAGCCAUGGUGUGGAGUCUGGAUCUGGAUGACUUUAGUGGCACUUUCUGUGGCCAGGGAAAAUACCCUCUGAUCAACACCCUCAAGAGUGGACUGGGAACUGGAACUACCUGCAGUUCUCGUUCUCACCCCCUGCCUCCAGUCACACCAACCCAACAUGCUCAGCCAAAGCCUGGCGGUGGUGGCAGCAGUGGCGGCAGCGGCACAGGAUCUGGCUUCUGCGCUGGAAAGGCUAAUGGACUCUACCCAGACCCAACCGACAAGAACUACUUCUAUGAGUGCAGUCAGGGAGAAACUUAUGUCCAGCACUGUGCUGUCGGCCUGGUGUUCGAUAACAGCUGCAAGUGCUGCAACUGGGCUUAAAUGAUUCACUGUAUAACUUCAUACUGGUUGUUCUUAAGUUAAGAGCCGGGUCAACUAUCAUGUAACACAAGACAAUCCAACCAAGGUCCAUUCAAGAACAGAUCUGUAACACUGGUCACUGAUCUAAUCUAAAUAAAUA